AUGAUGCACAAUGGACAGUUGGUCGCAGUGAAGAAGGUUCCAGUAAACUUGAUGACCCACCAUGACAUGGACCGAGAGUAUCAAAUCUAUAGGAAAGCAGCACAUCCCAACAUUGUAAAGCUUGUUGAGAAACCAAGAAUUCAUUCUGAUAACAAAUGGUACAUUAUAAUGGAGUACAUCUCUGGAGAAACAUUGGAGAAGAUUAUGUUCAACCAAAAGUUGACUCACAGAAUCAAGAGCAAAAUCAUCACUGGACUGUGUGAAGGGUUGUUUCACCUCCACAACAACGACAUUGUGCACCAAGACCUCAAGCCGGAUAACAUCAUGGUGAAGAGCGACACAAACGAGGCUGUGAUCAUUGACCUGGGCUUCGCAAAAGUUUUACCGGGAUGGCCUCAACUCUGCACGAAAUAUUGGAAACAUAGCAUAUGCAGCUCCAGAGAUCCGGACACACCCCUGGGUUCAGCGAGACUUUCGCUCAGAUGUGUGGGCGAUGGGUAA